CCUUCUUCUCCGGCUAAAGAACCGACGCCUCUGCGAUGGCCACCACACCAGCGGCUGGAUCAGCAGCUCCUCCGACCUCAACGCCACAGAACUACAAGGUGCCAUCGACCAGCAAGAUAUCCGUGGACAAGCUCCUGCGAGUCGGCUACUAUGAGCUGGAGAAGACCAUCGGCAAGGGCAACUUUGCCGUGGUCAAGCUGGCCACCAACAUCGUGACCAAGACAAAGGUUGCCAUCAAGAUUAUAGACAAGACAUGUCUGAACGAGGAGUACCUGAGCAAGACGUUCCGCGAGAUCUCCAUCCUGAAGUCGCUGCGGCAUCCGCACAUCACCCGAUUGUACGAGGUGAUGGAGUCGCAGUCGAUGAUCUACCUGGUGACCGAAUACGCGCCAAACGGGGAGAUCUUCGACCACUUGGUGGCCAAUGGCAGGAUGAAGGAACCAGAGGCGGCGCGCGUCUUCACCCAACUCGUCUCGGCCGUCCACUACUGCCACCUGCGCGGGGUGGUGCAUCGAGAUCUCAAGGCCGAGAAUGUCCUGCUCGACAAGGACAUGAACAUCAAGCUGGCAGACUUUGGCUUCAGCAAUCACUACGAGGAAGGCGCCACUCUUAGGACCUGGUGCGGUUCACCGCCCUAUGCCGCCCCAGAGGUUUUCCAGGGGUUGGAGUACGAUGGACCCAAGUCGGAUAUCUGGAGCUUGGGCGUUGUGCUGUACGCCUUGGUCUGCGGAGCGUUACCAUUUGAUGGAAAGACUAUACUGGAGCUGAAAAGCCGUGUGGUGUUGGGCAAAUUCCGCAUUCCCUUCUUCAUGUCGCAGGAGUGCGAGCAGCUAAUCCGAAACAUGUUGGUGGUGGAGCCUGACCGGCGAUAUACUGUCAAACAGAUCAUAAAGCACCGCUGGCUAAGCGAGUGGCAGUCGGAAAUGCUGGAGGAAGAGCGUUUCGAGGCCACGUCCUUUGCACCCGGAUCGGGAACGGUGUCCAAGUCGGCCUCCACGUCCUCGCUGGGCAGUGUGGCGGACUCACCGCCGCAGCUGGACUCCGUGGUGAUGACGCACAUGCUGCAGCUGCCCGGGCUGACCGCCGACAUGAUCGCGCAGUCGGUGCACGAGCAGAGGUUCGACAACAUCUACGCCAUUUACAACCUGCUGCAGGACAAGCUGCAGCAAAAGCGACGCGAAAACCAAAGACUGCAGCACCACGCCAGCCUGGCCUACUCCCGAUCCCGCAAGACGAGCAUCACAACGGGCGUGGUGGACCGCUCGGAGCUCGUCAAGCAGGAAUCUCUGGACCGGCUCAGUCCGCUGAGCAGUGCCAAUGCCUCCAGCUCGGCUUCGGGCUAUGGCUGGUCGGAUGUCGCCGUAGAUCUGGAGAAGUUUGGUGACUUUGAGCUCGAAUGCCUGGCUCGUUCCAAUGAGCCUCCUGUUAAUUCGCACCACCUGAGCGCACAGGCUGGCGGAGGCGUCAACGGGGCGAACACGCGACGCCAUACGGUGGGACCUGGAGAUGUGGCCCACGAACAGGCGCUGGCUAAUCCCCAUGUGCCACCCAUUGACUUCAAGUGUCCACCGCAAAGCAGCGACCCCUACUACCCGGUUAAUCUGCCCAUGCUGCAGAACCAACCCCUGCAAAAUCUCACCAUCAAGGACCAGCAUCUGCUCAAGCCGCCCGUUGUUAUGGGGGCCAGUUCAUUUGGACGCCGUGCCUCGGACGGCGGAGCGAAUCUGCACAUCUAUUAUCCCGCCACGGGCACUGUUGUGGGUCCAGCUCAGGGUCAGCAAAUGGACACAGCCGGAUACUUUAUCAAUCCCAAUUGUGGCACUGACCCCUUGGCUGUGCAGGAGUUGUCUCCGCUAAACGAGCAGGCGGCGGCGCAGAUGCAGUGCUGCCAGGAGAAUGCCACCGGCGAAUGCAACGAGGAGCUCCAGAGUUAUAUGCAAAAGCGAGGAUUCACCCAGCGUCACACGGUGGGCUGCACGGACGAUCUCUCCGUGACUCACGGACCGGGACCCGGGUCGCAAUCCCAGGCGCCAACUACCUCCUCCAAUAUGCGGCAGCGGCGAACUGGUCUGCUCACGGUCACCGAAAGGCCGCCAGUGAUUCCCCCCGAAAUAAUUCGCGAGGUUGAGUCUCGCAUGAACCGCGACUAUCUGCCACCCACCCUGAAAUCUCUUAGCCAAUCGCCCCCCAAUGGCACUUAUCCUGUGGGCAUGGCCCUGCCCUUGGGCAUGUCGAAGGGCGUGUCGCCGCCCCACUCGCUGCCCUUGGUGGCGGCCGGCUGUGGCUCCGUGCCCUUGGUGGCGGGCAACAACCGCCGCAUCCAUCGGGUGGUCCACUCGAAGUUACCCACCGUUCAGGAGGGUGCGACAAUAGGACGUUACAGUCCAGUGCGUCGAGCCUCUGAGGGAUCCAAGAGCCAGUUCCAGGGACCGCUGCAGGAAUGCCAAUCCCUGCAGAAAGGUAUUGCACAGAGAAACUUUUUGGUUGCACCCAGUCCGCCGCUUUUAGAAAAUUCGAUCAGUUUGCCAGGUUCGCCAAUACAUGGCAAACCUGGAAUGGGCUUGCAGCUAGCUCUGCGGCGUGGCCAUGACAUUGAAGUUCCUCCGGAGGCCAUCAAGAACCUGAUGCCCGCCCUGGACCGCCUGGUGAAGGAGCAGAGGGUCAGCUUCGAAAUAGCCAAUAAGAUAAUCUCAACGCAUGUGGUGCCAAUAGAUUUGGCUCCGCUUCUGGGUCUAGCAGCUCAUGCCUCGAGUGCGGCGGCGGUCAGUGGAGGGCACCUCGAUCAGAGUCACCUGUUGCACUUGCAGCAACAGCAGCAGCAGCAACAUAUGCUCAGCUUCAGUGUUUCCCCACUCAGCCUGCCGCAGGGUGGAUCUGUAAAUGCCUCUCUGACCUCCGCCAAGCAGAUGUUUGGUCAACCGAUCUGUGGCUAUACGCAAUAUCCACCCAUGACCCUGGCCCUGCAGCCGCAGCAUCAACAGCAGCUGGUGGGUCAGUUCAGCAGCAUCAACCUGGGAGCCAGCAACUCGAAUUCGAGCAGUGGCUGCCAGUCGCCGGUUUACAGUACCAGCUUCAGUGGCAGUUGCUCACCCAAUACUUACGUGCCCUGCCCCGGCGGUGGCUCCUCACCGCUGCACCAGAUCACCAAGGGCAUCUCUGGAUUGACUACUGGUUGCGCCGGUGGGUCCAUCACCAGGGGCACUUCGGCCGCAAGCGAAGGAGCCGCUGCAGCCGCCGCUGCCAAUCAACCUCUGGACCUGUCAAUGGAUGUUUGUGGCGGUGUGGUGGAUCAGCAGCCCACGGACUAUGCAGCCACCAAUUGGUUUAUGCCCACGACACCGUAUUAUGAUCUAAAACCGCUAAAUCUAUCGCCAGCACAACCCGUAAGGGUCGUGCCCACACCACCAGCGUCACCCAACUUGUGCAUCAUCCAGGAGGAGAAUGGAAACGGGCAGAUGUGUCACACUAUCAGCACGGGCACUCCGUAUGCGGGCUGUACCGGAGGGAUUACGCCGCAGAUAUGCCUCACCGAUGUCCAGGGCAGCGAGAUAACUUUGGUCGCUCUGUCCUCAGACAAUAGUCGCGAUAGCGAGGACUCUCUGGAACAGCACACUCCUGUUAUGUCUUUGCAGGGACUGAUCAUUACCGAGCCCAGCAGCGAUAUGCCAUCAAUUACGAGGGGCAUUGGACGUAAAGCCAGUCUGGACUGCGAAUCGAGCGGAGGAAGUCAUUGUCCAGUGGGCAUUAGCUCAUCUCACGCCGCCCAAUCCCAAUCCCAGGUUCAGACUGAAGCUCAAUGCCGGCGGGGCAGUGACAAAUCGCUUGGCUUCUCAGACGACUCACUAAGCAAUGACUCGAAUAACUUGUCGCCCUGCCAGGAGCCAUCCGCCAGCUCUGGAUUCAAGUCGGACUCCCAUUCGGAGAUGGGUGAUCACACCGAGUGCGGCCAUCUGACACCCGAUUCCAUGUGCGACUCGCGGCGCAUGUCGGAUGAGAUGUGCUAUGAGGUGCCGCUGCCACACGAGUGCUCCAAUCUGGACUCCACCCGCAUCCUGGAGAUGGUGAAGCAGACCAUCGACUCUACUAUGCCGCCCAAGGGCUUUGUGCUGCACAAGGGAAGCAUUAGCUCGGAGGACAGCGGCGCCGAAUCGCGACAUAGCAGUGCUUCUAAUGCAUCCAGCUCGAAUCCCUUGGCCUGCGAGGCGGCUUCCCUUCUGGCCUCACACUCUGCCUAUGGAGAGCCAACCACCAAUCUCAGUUUGGAGUACUCAGGCGGCCUGCAGAUCGAGCUGCAGGUGUGCGAGGGUCGCAGCCGGGAUCCCCAUGGAGCUGGGAAGGGGAUAAAGCUGCGCCGCAUUUCAGGGGACCAGUUCGAGUACGGAAAGAUCUGCCAGCAGUUGAUCAGCACCAUCACCAUGCAGCAGGUAGCAGGCUAAAUUUAGGAGACCCGCCACUGCUAGCUACCCAUAAUGACUACUCGCCUUGCCUAAACUCUGCGUAGCUGUGAUUAAAGCCGAUAUGUACGAUAUAGACAUCCUAAAACAUUAGCAAUUGGACAGGAAUUAGUUUCCAAUUUCCUAGCCAAGAAUAUCCCUUUCCCGUUUUUCGAGUUCAGUAGCGUAAUCAAAAUUUUUAAUAUCAAUUAUAGACACUUUCUUCAAUUGUUCGUCGACCACACCGAUUUUUAGGUAGUUUAAUUCAACGCGGAACGUGUAUAUACGUGUAGAAAUAUUUAAAAUAUUCGCAAACAUAUUAUACACAUUAACGAAUUACGCACAUGCCAACAUAGUCUAGAGAAUUUGUAAUACAAAUUGGGUGGCGCAAGGUUUUGGAGCAACUAAAAUACAUUCCAGUAGCAGAAAUUUCAUACAAAGGAAACUAACGUUCGUUCUAGCCGUAAAAUAUCAAUAUUUAGAACUUAAAUAUAUCUAUAUAUCGAGUCGAUAAUAUCGACUACUUUCGACUUUUGUGCAAUUCGUAAACGAGAUAAAAGUGUUUAUUUUGUCAACUCAGUUCAAUGACGAUACGUACGUUCAUCUAUACUCGCACGAGAUAUAGAUAACCUAAAUGUUAAAUAUAGGUGAUUACUAAAUCAGUAGUUAGUUUGCAUUGGCAAUUCGUAGCUCCGAUUAGUGGUAAGCUCUUUAUUCCGUUAAAUUUUAAACAUUUUUUAUGAAUGUAGUGAAAGUUGGUUCAGUUAUUAUACACACACGAUCAAUGGUUAGAGUUAUAUUCUACGGAUUAAACACAACAUUGAUAAAUCUAUUUUUUAAUGAAAGACUGCUGUGAUUUUAAAUGUAAUUAAUUAAUUUAAAGCGUAGGAAGGAAGAAGAAAACAAACAAAAACUACAAACAAACUUGAACCCAAUUAGUUAUAUCAUUAUAUAAAUAAAUAAUUCAACUUUAUCUAAUAAAUUACCAAUUCUCCAAACAUUAAA